ACCAGUCUCCCCCCUUCCGUUUUUCUCGUCGCGGUCGCGGGUCACAGCCGCCGCGCCGGUCGCGCCCCCUUCCCAAGACCUCACGCUGUCACGCACGUAUAUCAAUCAGAGCGUUGGACCUUGGCACGACCUGAUUCCUGAUCCUCUUGCGCGUUGGACCGCGCCCGCCGAAGCUCUCUCUCGCGUCCUCUUGUUUCUGCCAGCGACGACUUCGCGCGCGGCCGCGGCGCCGCCGCCUCCUGCCCAGGCCCUUCGCCGGCGACAAGCACCCACCAGACGGGCUUGUACAAGCGAGAAGGAAUUAUCUGCCGACCAUUUUUCACCACACUGGUGGAGUCCGAGAGUAAUGAGAGCUGUGAAGCUUAAAUAGAUGAAGUUGCAUCAAGUUUGGCAGCUGGGCAUUAAGGAUAUGAAGGCCGUCCCACUUCCUCGCCCGAGGGCAGCCACGAGAAGGCGCGCGUGGAUGCUCGCCGUUGCAGCUUUUAUCUUCGUCGCACUAGUCUGGGCUUAUCUGUAUCCUCCCCCGCGUUACACCUCUCCUGUGAGAGAUUGGCUUCCUGGUAGGCUCCCUGCGGAACCAGCCAGGGAAUUCACUGAUGAGGAGAGGGCCUCGCGUGUUGUUUUCAGACAGAUCUUAACAACACCUCCUGUUCGAUCUAAGAACUCAAAAAUAGCUUUCAUGUUCUUGACUCCGGGGACACUGCCAUUUGAAAGGUUGUGGGAAAAGUUCUUUGAGGGCCAUGAGGGAAGGUAUACCAUAUAUGUUCAUGCCUCAAGAGAGAAGCCAGAACAUGUCAGUCCCAUAUUUGUUGGUCGAGAGAUACACAGUGAAAAGGUAACUUGGGGUACAAUUUCUAUGGUUGAUGCUGAGAGGAGGUUGCUGGCAAAUGCUCUACAAGACAUGGACAAUCAGCAUUUUAUUUUGCUAUCUGAUAGUUGUGUACCUUUGCACAAUUUUGACUAUGUAUAUGACUACCUGAUGGGUGCAAAUCUCAGUUUUAUUGACUGCUUUUAUGAUCCUGGACCGCAUGGAAAUUUUAGAUAUUCAAAGAAUAUGUUACCUGAGGUCACAGAGGCUGAUUUUAGGAAGGGUUCACAGUGGUUCUCAGUUAAGCGCCAACAUGCGUUGAUGAUCAUUGCAGAUAGUCUUUACUAUACCAAGUUCAAGCUUCAUUGCAGACCUGGGAUGGAAGAUGGUCGCAACUGCUAUGCUGAUGAACAUUAUUUGCCAACAGUAUUCCAUAUGAUGGACCCAGAUGGAAUUGCUAAUUGGUCUGUAACCCAUGUUGACUGGUCUGAAGGGAAGUGGCACCCGAAAGCUUACAGGGCAAAGGAUGUCACUUUCGAGCUUCUGAAGAAUAUAACAUCAAUUGACAUAAGUCACCAUGUCACUAGUGAUAGCAAGAAAGUGGUUACAGAGAAGGCCUGCCUAUGGAAUGAAACAAAGAGACCAUGCUACCUGUUUGCGAGAAAGUUCUACCCUGAGUCCAUAAACAAUCUCUUGACCUUGUUCGCGAAUUAUACACUUAUUUGAGCUUCUAGGUGGCGCUUAGAGGCUACACAGGAAACAUUUUGUUAUACAAAACCUUGUACAUUGGAUAGCAACAGAGUAGGACAUUAAUUAACAGAAUAGCAAUAGCUAUUGGUGAGGAGAAGGCUUUCGCUGCAGCAACACAGUGGCUUCAGAUUUAUCACGACAGGCCAUUGGUACUCCUUUAGCCUCGUUACUUUCAUAGUUUGUCCUCUCCACAUAUUUUUAGCUGCGGUUUUACCAUGUACAUCAAGCUUAUUUGGACAAUGAAUGGUCAUUAAAUGGAAAAUCAGAGAUCAUGGUCUUA